GGCGGCAGCGCCUAGGCAGAGGCUUGGCCUCAGCUGCGUCAGGCGCAGUGUACAAACUCGCUCUGUCUCAGUUGCUUUCGCCUCUUGGGCCCCGCUUCGUCCAUGGACGAUAUCGUAUGGAUCCGCGAAGAACCGCCAGCUGAAGUCGAACGGACCACUAAUGGCACGGCUACGUCCUCUGAGCUGAAUACCUUAAAUGGCUUCAGCGACGGCGGUUACACCGUCGACGAUGAUGGAUCCGUCGAAAUUCCCGUCAUUAUCGAGUACCAAAAUUCCACAGAUGUUCCCUCCAAGAAAAAUGACCCUACACCCGCGGAAAGUAGCAUACCCGUAGAAGUCUACGACCCAAAUAGCACGACUGUUCCCGCACUAGUGGAUUUGGAAGUCCCCGUAGAAGUUUACGACCCCACUUCGACUACCGUACCCGCUUAUGUACCCGUAGAAGUCGAGGUGUUCGACCCGACCUCCACUGAAAUUCCCGUGAUUAUCGAUCACAAUACUCCGGAGGUUAAAAAUGAAGCCGCAGCUGAGGGAAAACCCGCUGAAGCUGAGAAACCGGCAGAAACACAAAAGUCAACUGUAGGAAAUCAAACAAAUGAGAAAUCAAAGGAGGAUGAAGGAUUUGAUAUUAGUGAAUAUGAACGCAAACUCAAUGAUGCAACACAAGGCGCCAAGGAAUUGGUGAAUAAACUAUGUGACAAAUCUGAAGCUUUAAAUCAGAACGCUCAAAGCAUUGCAAAUAACGUGGCCGAUCAAAAACGUUAUCUAAUCGAGGACGUUCAUAAAACUAUCGAGGAUAUCGAUCAGAUGCCACCACCACCCGAAUUACCCACAGGAGGGCUACCCAAAACCGUCGAAAGCAUUAUUAUUGGCCAAGGUGUCGUGACAGAUGUAACUGGAUGCAUUGUCUUGCCAAAUGGAACAAUUCUUGCAACUGAUGAGAAAGAGGGUUUGAUCCUCUUUGACACACAAGGAAAUGUUUUAAGAAAGGUCAACAACUCUGGCUGGAGGAAGCCAAGAAGUCCUGUUUAUCACAAAGAGCAUAUUUUGAUGUUGAUCGAUAUGCAGGAAGAUGGCGUAUGGACUCGGUACAUAUUCAAAUUUACAGUCGAUGUCCAGUUUGUGGCCAAAAUUGAAGGUCCGAAAUGGAUUAGAGACGAGAAAACAGUGAUUAGUGAGCGACUUAGCAUCGCACACACUGACUACCUAUAUUUAAGCAUUUGUGGAGAGAUUUUCUCCGCUCUUUACGAGUUGACCCCAGUCGGUCAAUGGACCGAAUUACUAUACCGCCUAUCGGAAAGUUAUGUAGACAUGCUUGCUUUUGCCGUGAUAGGACCAAUUACACAAGUAUUGAUAGUCGAAGAAGUUCCAGGGCGCAAAAAUUAUGUACUACAAAUGUCGAUACGUGAAUCGGAUGUGGUCAGUCGACAUCGUUUAGCUGUAUGUGAGCGACCUGGAGCUAUGGCUAGGGAUGAAGCAGGACGUCUAUUCGUCGCAAAUCGCUCCACUGCAACCAUUCAACUCGUCGACACUGUACGAUGGAGCUGUGCUCGAAAUGUUGCGCUAACCGACUCGAUGGUCCCACAUUUCUCCGCAUCAUGGGGAUUGUUGGCCAUACCAUUAAAGGGUGCUAUUCGUCUACAUCGGUAUUCAUUUCGAUUCGGUAAAUGAGAUUGUAAAUAGAAUCAGCAAUAAAUAAUUUAUGAAUAAAAAAG